AGACGGCCAUUUGUAGCAGCGCUGGAGGCUGCGCUCGGCAGGCGCUGCGGGGCCGUGUAGAGGAGCGCGACCCCCGGCCGCAGCCGCCCCCGGCCCCCGCGGUCGCCAGGCUUCGUCGCGCGUCGGGCGGGACCCGGCCAGCCCCGGCGCCGCGCUGCCGCGCGCCCCGGCCGCCCCGGCAGCUCCCGGCCCGCGGGACCCCCGCCCGGCCGCUCGCCCGCAGCCCGCCGGCCGCGCACGUCUCCCGAGCCGGGCCUAGGGCGGGCGGCGGCUCGGCGUGGCCGGGCCGGGCUCGGCGGCGUCCCCAUGGCCGCGGCGGGGUGGCGGGACGGCUCCGGGCAGGAGAAGUACCGGCUCGUGGUGGUCGGCGGGGGCGGCGUGGGCAAGUCGGCGCUCACCAUCCAGUUCAUCCAGUCCUAUUUUGUGACGGAUUAUGAUCCAACCAUCGAGGAUUCCUAUACAAAGCAGUGCGUGAUAGAUGACAGAGCAGCCCGACUAGAUAUUCUGGAUACAGCAGGACAAGAAGAGUUUGGAGCUAUGAGAGAACAGUAUAUGAGAACUGGAGAGGGUUUCCUGUUGGUCUUCUCAGUCACAGAUAGAGGCAGUUUUGAAGAAAUUUAUAAAUUUCAAAGACAGAUUCUCAGAGUAAAGGAUCGUGAUGAGUUCCCAAUGAUUUUAAUUGGUAAUAAAGCAGAUCUGGAUCAUCAAAGGCAGAUAACACAGGAAGAAGGACAGCAAUUAGCACGACAACUUAAGGUAACAUACAUGGAGGCGUCAGCAAAGAUUAGAAUGAAUGUAGAUCAAGCUUUCCACGAACUUGUCCGGGUUAUAAGGAAAUUUCAAGAGCAGGAAUGUCCUCCUUCACCAGAACCAACACGGAAAGAAAAAGACAAUAAAGGCUGCCAUUGUGUCAUUUUCUAAGAAUCCCUUGAGUUUUAGCUUCCAACUGCCAGGAAAAGCCCUCAUCUUCCCCCUCUCUCCUUAUGGUUUACAUCUUGUUGGUACCUUUCUAGCCUUAGACAUACAUCACCAUGGUAGCCUUAGACCAGAAGCUGGCUAAUCCUUUCUGUGAGCUACUCCUAUGGUCAUUUCAAGACAGAUUUAAAGGUAACACUAAGGCUGCUUCAAAGAUUAUUUGAUUCUUUUAAAAUAUGUAUAUACACAGACAUUCUUAUUUAAGGGCUUACAUUUUAAUAGAGAAAAAUCAGUUUUGGAAUGCAGCUGUUUGACAAGCCUAAGUCACAGGUUGUGAAAUAAUUUUUAACUUCUGGAGUCCUAUUGCCUACUGUUCUCUACAUAGAAGCAUAGGGAGUUUUUUUAAAAUGUGAAUUUUUGCCUAUCUAAAAAUUUUGAUGUCAAUUUUAGUUAACCUGAAAUACACUGAAUUAAAUCCAUAAACAUGAGACAUCUCAGACCUUUACUGAUGCUAUAGUCUUUGUUUUCCAGUAGCCAAAAAUACCAAAAUGCCUAUUGUAUUUAUAGAUUAAAACCUGCUUAUAAAGUCUUUAUCAUUAUUCCUCCUUUUAAGAUGAUGAUAUUCUAUGUGGCCAAAUAUUUGAACUCAUUCUGGACUUAGGCGUUUCGAUGGUCUUGGUUUUUCAAUUGAAGUAUCUUCACAGCCAUAUUGAGAGGAAAAGUAAAUAAUUUCUGUCUUCCUUUUCAAGUAUUUCUGGAUAAGGGAUUCAAACAACUAAAACUGUUUUUGUUUGUAAUAUAAAAUAUGGAAUUGAUCUUUCCAGGGUCAGAGAUGAUUAAUCUUUUUGCUAUAUACUUUUAUACAUUAUUUUCUUAUCAAACUAGUUAACAAGUAUUUUUAUAUGUUUGUAAGCAAAUAUGCUUUCACAGCAUACCUUGUGUAUAUGUAAAGAUAAGUAUUUAAUUCUCACUGUUCACUUUUAACUGACAGAAAAAAGAGCAAAACUGCAGAAACUGUGGUAGAACUUUACUUACUGUUCUGGUCCAUUUGUGCCCACCUUCGGCCAGUCACAUUUUCUCAAGAAACCUUCCCAAUAGAGUACAACAGGAUGUGAAUCUGAAAUCACUUUCAGUAUCCCCUACUAGAUAUUGACUGUUCUAUCAAGUAGUAAGUGUCAAAUUUUUCAUUAAGGAUUAGUAAAACUGUGGGUGGCUUCUGAUUUUGUUUUUAAUUCCGUGGAUUGUGUUUAAACAAUUCAAAAGUAUGUUCUUGAUGUUGAGAUGCUAAGUGGUAUUGCACAGUUGUCACUUUACUGAAUGUGUACAACAGGUCCAUGAGGUUUUGUAAAGCGUGCCCUUGUAUAGCUUCAGGUGCUAGAAUUAAAAUUGAUCUGCUAUCACAAGA